AUGUUGAUCGGAUUCCACCGGGAACCAGGGCGUUUGGGAAUGGGGCGCCAGGAAGCCACGGGGGAUGGUGCAUUUGGACGCGGCGGUUUUGCAAUUCUUUUCAUGCAGCGCACCGGCGCUGGCCGGGGGCGAGGGACUACUAUUUCUUCGGGCUGCCGCAUGAGUGGGGCGUCAACUCGCAGGAUUUUGUGGUAUGGAUGUAGCAGCGCCGUCGACGGUCAGCCAGCUGCCCUGCAUGAGUCCACGCAAGAGGCGUGGGCCAGCUGGGUGUGGGUCGUUGUCCGAAAAUUCAACUCGUUUCGAAUAAUCCGCCUCGAAAGGAGGUGA